AUGUCACAACCCAAUCCGGACGAACGCAUCCAAGUCGACACAAGCGACGACGACUCCCUUUUUGACACAAACUCCCUCCUAAGCUCAAAUCUCUCUUUCGCCUCCUCAGUCCGCGACUAUAGCUACGAAAAUGGCCGUCGCUACCACGCCUACCGACCAGGCCAAUACCCAAUCCCAAAUGAUGAAGAAGAACAAGACCGCCUGGCCCUAAUGCACCACCUCUUCAAACUCCUCACAGGCGGCGAUCUGCACCGUGCCCCAAUAACUGGCCCCAAUAACACCACCACCCCACAGCGCGUCUUGGACAUCGGCACGGGCACAGGCGUGUGGGCUCUCGAAAUGGCAGAGGCAUACCCGACAACGGAGAUAAUAGGGACUGAUUUAUCGCCCAUCCAGCCGAACUGGGCGCCGCCCAAUGUGAGGUUUUUUAUUGAUGAUGCUGAGAGUGAGUGGGCUUUUGGGCCGGCUGAGAAAUUCGAUUAUGUCCAUGCGCGCAGUAUGGGUGGGGGAAUUGGGGAUUGGCCGAGGUUUUUGAGGCAGGGGUGGGGUUCGCUGAAGCCCGGUGGGUGGUUUGAGGUCCAGGAGUUUGAGUGUUGGGUCAGGUCUGAUGACGGGACGCACGAGGAGGCGAAGAAUUUCAAGUAUUGGAUGUCGUUGCUGGUACAGGGUAGUGUUAAGCAUGGGCGGCCUGUUAAUGUUGCCAAGUCUGUUAGGCAGUGGAUGAUUGAUGCUGGGUUUGAUAAUGUUACUGAUGAUAUCUAUAAGUGCCCUGUCGGUGGAUGGGCCAAGAACCGCCGCUUAAAGGACAUCGGUCGUGUGGGCAGAGUUACUGUCCUUGAAGGCCUUGAGCCUUAUUCUCUUGCUCUGUUUACUCGCUACCUUGGGUUUACGUACCAGGAAGCGCAGGAGCUCAUGGAUAAGGUGCGAGCUGAGGUGGUGAGCCCCGCGCAUCAUCUCUAUAUAAAUUUCCACUACGUAUACGGGCAACGGCCUGUCGAGAAUAACGAUGGGUCCGAUAGGCCGUGA